AGGUUCCACAGUCUUUCUCAGCACUACUUUUAUAGUCAGUCACUCUGGAACAUCUGGUGUCACAUAAUGUCCCUUUGAUUGUAGGGUAGACUGCAGAAAAACAGACUUGCUGUAGCUUGAAGGGAGCAAAAGAAUGUGAUAUAUAUUUUUUGUUCCUUUCCUGUUAGUCUGAGGCACUGUAAUAAGACAAAGGCUUCAACUGAAAUGGCUUUCACAUAAUAAAUACUAUCCCCCUGACGUCAAAGUAAACACCACAUUCCCAGCCACUUAAGUGUCGAAUGUCAAUGCAAGCAUUUUCAAGUGCCGACACCCAUAUGUCUUUCUGGGCUUCGAAAGGCAGCUCAUCUGGUCAGAGCAGUCAGGAGUCCCUCAGCAGAAAGUGCAGACGUAAGAAGUACGAGUCAGGAUCAUAGACUAUAUCACCAGGUAAGGAUUUUACAUUUUAGUGUAGUAGUUUACUCAGGUUAUUACUGUAACUCUUAUAGGUGUUAAGCUUAUGAAGGUUUUGCACCUGCACCAUUUUCAACUCUCUCAGCACCUACAAACCAGUAGAACAGGUUUUGGAUCUUGUUGUAGAAAAUGUCUUUGUUACAGGUUACAUGCUUUGAGUGAAGCUCCUCAGCCUGUUAGGAAUAUGAUAUUAACUGGUAUAGUCACCUCUCCUCAAAUGUGAUGUUUUUCUUAUCGCUCAAUGUAGGAUGAAGAAGAAGUUGAUCAUGGAUGUGGACACGGGGGUGGAUGAUGCUCAGGCCAUCAUGAUGGCCCUCGCAGCACCUGGUGUAGAGAUCCUGGGCAUCACGUGCUGCCACGGCAACACGCCCCUGAAGAACGUCCUCAAGAACACGCUGCGCGUCCUGAAGGUCUGCAACAGGCUGGAUGUGCCGGUGUACCGAGGCUGUGCAGAGCCCCUUGUGGCUCAUAAACGCCACGCUGGAGAUUUCCACGGGAAGGACGGACUGGGCGACGCCCCGGAUCCAGACGCUCCAGGUCUGGAUGCGGUGCAGGAGGAGAAAGCUGCGCUGGCUUUAAUCAGGAUGGUCAAUGAAAACCCAGGAGAGGUGAGUCUUGUAGCCACGGCGCCCCUCACUAACCUGGCCAUGGCAGUGAAUCUGGACCCCUCCCUCCCCGAGAAGCUGAAGGCUCUCUACAUCAUGGGAGGAAACACUGAGUCCAGGGGUAACACAACAGUGUGUGGAGAGUUUAACUUUGUGGCUGACUCUGAAGCUGCCUACGUCGUGUUGGACCGCUACACCUGCCCCACCUACAUCGCCACCUGGGAGUUCAGCUGCAGGAACAGUCUGCCGUGGUCCUUCGUUGACACUUGGCUGGCCCAAGACACAGACAAGGCUCGUUUCAUGGAGAGGAUUUCCUCCUUAACCAGGAAGAUGGUCCAGACGGAGCGGUAUCAAAAGGAGCUGGUGUCAGGAACUGAGUUUAACUCCUGUGACACCUACGCAGUGGCUGCAGCCAUCGACCACACCCUGCUGACAGAAAGCGAACAGGUGGCAGUGACGGUGGAGCUGCAGGGGACCCACACCCGAGGCAUGAUGGUGCUGGACCACAUGGAGCUGCUGAAAAAGAAACACAAGGCGAUCAUCAUGAAGACCGUCGACUUGGAGAAGUUCAAGCAGUUGUUGAUGAAUGCGUUGAAGUAGCAGGGAUUUCUCCAUGUGACAGUAAUGUGCUUCAGUGUUUACCGGAUGGUGGGAGGAAAUGGACACACGCCAACCAUCUUUUUAUAAAGUCAAUGGUUGAACCUAAACUUUGACUCAAGUAGUAAAUGCAUUCAUGCUGCAAGUUACCAAAAUGCUGUGGAAUAAAUACAAAUAAAUGUAUAACCAUUUCUUAAAGCAUUGACUUAUAAGAUGUCCAGUGAUUACCAAAGGCAGUCAAGUUGUAAAAUAAAUGUAAUUAUUAAAUGAUUGGAAUUAA